UUGCCGAAGCGAGCACGGCACGGACUCAGUCCUCUAGCAAACUUCAUCGAGGACUUGUUGAACUUGUGCGAACCUACCUAUCGAGGGGUAAACUAAUCCUGCCCGGCCGAGGUGUAAAAGCGUUCCAGGCAAGCUGAGCCAGGGCGCAAGAACGUUUCUCAAGAUAAACAACAUAAAAAUAAUAAAAUAUACUCGCAAGAAAUACAAGAGAAAGAAGAUCAAGCGAAACUCAUUUCAAUCUAAACGAACGCCAAACAUCAGUACAUCUCCAACGGCAUGAAGGCGUAUGCAUUGAUAACAUUAGUGUUUGUAGCAAACACAGCAUAUAUCGGUGUCGAAGCAUGGGGUGGUCUCUUCAACCGCUUUAGUCCUGAAAUGUUAUCGAAUCUUGGCUACGGCGGUCAUGGAGGUUAUAUAAAUCGUCCUGGUCUAUUGCAGCAGUCGCUGCAGGAAGGAUAUGGCGGUGUAUAUGGAGAAGUAGCUGAACCAACGGAAGAACCUUGUUACGAGAGGAAAUGCGUGUACAAUGAUCACUGUUGUCCGGGUUCCAUUUGUGUAAAUCUCGACGGAGUUGUUGGAACAUGCAUCUAUGAUUUUGGAAUGAAACAAGGCGAGCUCUGCAGACAGGACAGCGAUUGUGAAACUGGCUUAAUGUGCGCUGAGAUGUCUGGACGUGAAACCAAAUCGUGCCAGCCGCCGACGACUUCGAACAAGUUGUACAAUGAGGAGUGUACCAUGUCAAGCGAAUGUGACAUCACCCGUGGAUUAUGUUGUCAAUUACAAAGACGACACCGGCAAACUUCUAGAAAGGUUUGCUCGUACUUCAAGGACCCUCUGGUUUGCAUUGGCCCGGUAGCGACGGAUCAGAUAAAGUCCGUGAUCCAAUAUACUUCCGGUGAGAAACGGAUCACCGGACAUGGCAAUCGUUUAUUCAAGCGGAUGCCGUUCGCCUAAGCAGUCAUUCGUCGUCAUGACAGAUGGAAAAUAUACAGUAUAAGAUAAGCUAUAAAAAAAAA